AUGAAAAUCAAACAUGCCAGCAACAACAUCGACGACAUGGAAAGACAACGGGCAGAGUCGACGUUCACCAUCAUUUCAAAGGUCAAGAAUUCGCCCAACGUGAACACGGCCGUGAAAUGGCUAACGUCCAACAAGUUACUCAUAUUCAUCUUGGUAUCGGUCGUAUUCGGAGUGAUCUUGGGAUUGAUAUUAAGACCGCUGAACCUUAGCAGUGAUACUAUUACUCUAAUUUCAUAUCCUGGAGACCUUUUCUUGAGGACUUUAAAGUUGAUGGUGUUACCAUUUAUCAUAUCAUGUUUAAUUAUAGGUGCCGCUAAUUUGGAUAUAAGCAAAAAUGGCAAUGUUGCAGUCCGAACUAUUGUGUAUUUUGUCCUUACGUCUGUUUUUAAUGUCUGCUUGGGGUUAACGCUCGGUCUGCUCGUUCAUCCCGGCAGCCCAGAUUUAAGGUUACCAAAUGCCACGUCAUUUUCAGGACCCAAAAAAAUGAACGUUAUGGAUGGAUUUUUAGAUAUGGGAAAGAAUUUAUUGCCAGAAAAUUUGUUUCAAGCUACAAUUCAACAAACAUUAACCGAAUAUGAGACCGUCAUGGGUGAAAAUAACACGAAAACGUUGAAAAAAGUCGUUAAAUACAAAGACGGUACAAAUACAUUGGGCAUAAUAUUCUUUUGUCUGAUCUUCGGAACCGUACUGGGUACGAUGGGUGAACGCAAGCGACCUGUUUUGAACUUCUUCACAGUCACCUACGAAGUAAUGCAAAAGAUACUCACCGGAGUGAUUUGGUUUACACCCAUUGGAGUGGCCAGCGUCAUAUGCGGUAAGAUCAUCACACUGGCCGAACUCACCACCACGCUGGUCCAGCUCAGCUUGUUCAUCGCAACGACUGUCGGCGGUUUCCUGUUCUAUCAGCUGAUAGUCAUACAAGUAAUUUAUUUCGUAAUCAUAAAGAAGUCUCCGUGGCCGUACUACGUAUCGCUGGGACCCGCUCUCGCGACUGCCUUUGCCACUGCUUCCAAGUCAGCGUCUCUUCCAAUAACAUUCAAAGUGUUAGACGAAAAAUUAAAGAUGAAUCCAAAAAUCACAAAAUUUGUCCUUCCAAUCGGUACGAUCAAUAUGGACGGUUCGGCUCUGUACCUGAGUGUAGCACUAUUGUUCUUGGCACAAAUCAAUAAUUUGCAACUAGGCAUUGGAGAAAUUUUCACUAUCGGGUUGGCUUGCACGGCCGCAAGUAUGUCUUCGGCAGCUAUUCCAUCGGCGGCCAUCGUCUUGGUCGUAAUGCUGUGUAGCGUGAUCAACAUACCCACCGAAGACGUAUCUCUACUGUUUGCCGUCGAUUGGCUAGUGGACAGGUUCAGGACUAUGAACAAUCUGAUCGGAGACUGUUACACGGUGGCCAUUGUUCAACAUUUAUCCAAAGAGGAAUUAGAACAGGACGACCAGAAAGAAGCCGAAGAAGCUCAUGUCAACGGCACGUUCGUUAUGCAAGAACAAGAACAAAACGCACAGACGAAUCAGAGUUUUUCCACCAACACGCCAGUAUAA